UCUACUGAUCACAUCAGUGCUUCGCCGGGCGGGAUUUCCGCAAUAAUACCAAGUAUGGCGAAGACGUACGAUUAUUUGUUUAAAUUACUGUUAAUCGGUGAUUCUGGUGUCGGGAAAACCUGUGUCUUGUUCAGGUUUUCAGAAGACGCCUUCAAUUCCACGUUUAUCUCAACUAUCGGCAUCGAUUUCAAGAUUCGGACAAUAGAGCUUGACGGCAAGAAGAUAAAGUUGCAGAUAUGGGAUACAGCUGGACAGGAGCGUUUCCGAACAAUUACAACAGCUUACUACAGAGGAGCAAUGGGCAUAAUGCUUGUCUAUGACAUCACCAAUGAGAAGUCAUUUGAAAAUAUCAAGAACUGGAUAAGAAACAUAGAGGAGCAUGCCUCAUCUGACGUGGAGAAGAUGGUCCUUGGCAACAAGUGUGACAUCAACGACAAGCGGCAGGUUUCCAAAGACAGAGGGGAGAAGCUUGCCUUAGAGUAUGGAAUCAAGUUCAUGGAGACGAGUGCAAAGGCCAACAUCAAUGUUGAAAAUGCAUUUUUGACCCUCGCCAGAGACAUCAAAUCAAAAAUGGACACAAAGUUGGAGGGAAAUGCGCCACAGGGGAGCAGUCAUGGAGUCAAGAUCUCUGAGCCUCAGAAAAAGACCAGCUUCUUUCGCUGCAGCGUACUCUGAGCACCAAGGCCUUCCACACUGGCUGCCAGCUGGCUGGACAUAAAUGGACUGUGCUUGCUUUCAGCACUUCCUCCCCCUUCCCAAACCUUUCUACCCAGACCAUGGCCUGUCCUACCAGUCAGUCCAGACAAACCAUUCUACUCCCAGUGAGUGAAGGACUUCCUCUCUUCCUCUUCUGAAAGCUUCCUCUGGUGCAUCUCUUCCAUUUUGUUCUCUUCAUGAGUUGGGCCACUUGAAUGGUGGGCGACUUGACCUUGGAGCAUUGUCCAGAUGUUCCAUAUCACACAGAGACACGUUCUUACUUUUCAUGUUAGUCUCUUUCAUACAACCCGUAGCACAACCAAGAUUGAGAAAUCAUAUAAUUUUUGCCAAGUUUAGGGAUUAUAAGUACAAAUGUAAUAUUAAUAUCUAUUUUUAUUAGUGGCUUUUCCCCUUUUUAUGCGACAAAUCUCCUUCAGAGACUGAUUGGUUUGAAACAAAGCUGCACAAUAUUUCUUAGAAUUUCGCCACAAAAGAACCACUUAUGCAGUCAUCACUGAGGAAAGUGUUUAUGUGAUGGGCUUUCUGUUUAACAUCUACUCUUUUUUUUAAUUGCCUGCACUCGUUUUUGGUCAGUUGAUGCCACCAAAAAAGGAAAAGCCUCUCUGCAGAAGCUGUAAAAAAACAGCACAGACACACCCACGUGUUAAUUUCCAUCUUCUUCUCCUUCAGGGAGUGAGCUUCGUAAUCUGGUCGUAACUUCCUGAAGUUUACUCCUUAAGUACUGACAUUUUAUAUCGAAUAGCAUCACAUCUCUCAAUAUUAAGGGAUACAGCUGAAGUUUGAUAAUCAGUCAAUACCAUAAAAGCUCAAUACCCAGUUCAAAGUUUGGCCAGUACCACAAAAGUAUUGAUGUUCAAUACCCAAACCUGUUGACUGUGUAGAUUAAACUGCAUGCACUUUUCUGAGAACAUGCAUCUAGGAAAAAAGGUUUGCUGUAUAAUUUGUCUAAUCUGUCACCGUUAAGCACAAGUCCCACUUAAAUGAUUAGGGUUGAAACAAUACAUUAUUUUACUGUUGCAGAAGGCAAAGAAAAGCAGUGCAUUAUUGUUACAUUUGAGAAAGUGGAGCUUUCUUUUUCCGCUGUUGAUUCUUUGGAGAAAAAAAAAGACAGUUUGCCUUAUAUUAUUUGAUUUGCAUAAAGGUUGUGUUGCAGCUCUGUUGGCCUCGAGCUUAAUGACGUCUCUGGUUAUUUGAUCAGCGAUUAUAAUCAGCCCUUCCCUUUUGCUUUCUAAGCAGCUCUCCUUGCACUUUAACAGGUAAUUUGUGUUUUGUGUGUAGUCUGUGGCGAGUGAUCGUUUGCAAUACAGCAAUACACUUAGUUAUACUAAGUUACACUUAGUAUAAAAAAAUAAAAAAGAAAGUUCAGAUUGCAGGAGUCUUGGUAAUAUCAUGGGAAUAAUUCAGAAACUUUAUUGCACCUAAAAAAUAGUGCGAUCCACUGUCCUGGUAUUAAGUUCACUGAAAAACAUCCCCCUAAACUACCUUAACAGCUAGAUUAAUAUAAUAAUCUUCUUUUUCAAUGCCACUGUUAAACCAAGCUAUAGUUUGGCUUACAUAAAAACCGGCUUGACCCAAGGUGAAAGUCCUGUUCGUCCUGUGGUAUUAACAUUAUUGUACAUUUUUAUUGUGUGUCUGUUUGGCUGUGGUCUUGUAUUUGAACAGCUAGGUGGCACCAGAGGCACAGUUUGCAUCAGAGAUAAACUCCAGUAUGAACCAGUAUUUCAUUGAGACCAGCAGCCACAGUGAACGAGUGAUACGGAACAUAUCCCCUCGUCUCGUAUUUAAUGUCACCAUUAAAUCGAUCUGUUUCAACUGUUCCUCAGUUUUGUUGUUAGUCUGAAAAAUCAAGCUCUUAUAUGCACAUUAUCAAGCAACGGGGAGGGGAGGGGGGGUCUGUCUUUUGCUUGCCUGCACCUUUUUAAAUAUCAAAUCAUCUUGAGACCUCGUGACGACCAUGACCAUUUGUCUUAACUUAGUUGUGUCAUAGGUGAGCUAUGCAUCGUGAAUCUUGGACCUGUGCAUAUUUGUGUCAUGUACGUUUCAGACAUACUUGUUGACUUGUACAGUUGAAUGUGUGUGUGCUUUUUUAAAAACAAUUUUCUUUCUUCCAAUUCACUGAGCCAAAAAAGAAAAAGAAAAGCAGGAUAUGCCGUGUUUGUGGGACCUUGUUAACGUGAAUGCGAGUGAAAUUCCGCAGGAUGGGAGAUGGAAAGUAGGAACAAUGUGCAAGUUCAAAAUGUAGUGUCUCGUGAGUGAUACUGUAGCUUUAAGUCAUGAACACAACCAGGGAGCCAGACUGUCACGACACUCUGUAGCUGUAUCAUCGUCAGCCCUAAAUCAAGCUUCCUUGUCUUUAAAUCAUAUCCUUCUCUUAAUUAUCCUGUCACAUGUCCAAAUACACGGAACACCCCCUUUUUUUUUUUACAGACGUAUUUUCAUUCCAUACAUUGUGAAGUAAAAGUACACAGGGAGAAUAAUACAAUACAUUUUAGAAAAAAAAAGAGAAAAAGAAAAAACAUUUGUUGGAAAAAGAACAUUGUAAAUAUCACAGUGAAAAAAAAAGAGGUCUACUUAAAUUGUACUGUACUUUCUAAAUGCAUAUGAGAAUGUAUCUACAGUUUUGUAGAUAUGUGUACUUUUGAUUUAAUAAAAGAAGAUGAUAAAGA